AUGUCCUAUUUCUUCAAGAAUAUCAAACCAGGCCUUGAGUCUGAUGAGGAUGAUGAGCUGGACGACGUCCUAUCCAGAACAAUAGUUGGUAAGAACAAAUUUGAUGAGGAAGAUGAGUUGAGCGACGAUGAGAUGAAGACAUUAUCCUUUGGGUCGUUGAAAAAAGCUGAAUCAAUGCUAGAUGAAGAAGAUGGGAGGGGUAAAAAGAAAGUCAAGAACAGCGAAAGAGAUGCUAAGAUAGUAAGGAAAGGGGAAGCAAAAACGUUUAGGGAAGAAGCUUUCAGCGACAGUGAUGAUAGCAAUGAUGAUCAAUCCGACUCUGAAGGUGAUUCUGAUGGUGCAUUUUUCGAAGAGGAAAAUGGACAGAAGCAUCAACAGAGGAAAAUGGGAAAGCAUAAGCACGCUCCUGCUGAACAAUCAUCAAAGAAACGUGUAUCUAAGAUAAGGCAGAUCCCAGGUAUAAAAAAUCAAAGCUCUAACUUAUAUCAAGAUAUUAGAUUUGACAGAUCUUUGGGUGAUGAAGCAGAUGUUGCAAAAAUUAGACGACGUUAUAAGUUCUUGGAUGAAUAUAGAGAAAAGGAAAUAGAGGAACUGCAAGGCAUGUUACAUGACCGUAAAUUCAUGUCGAAAAUAACAGAUAAGGAUAGGGAUGAGAUGCAAAAUAGACUUGUAAGUAUGAAAUCCAAGUUACAAACAAUCAAAAAUAAAGACCUAGAACAACAAAUUGUCAAAGAGUACGAAAAUAAGAUAAACGAAAGUAAUAACUCCAGGUACCAUUUGAAGAACUCUGAGAAGCGUAAGGUCAUUCAAAAAUGGAAAUUCGACCAUAUGAAAGCCAAACAACGUGAAAAGGUUAUGGAAAGAAAGAGAAAGAAGAGACUGGGAAAGGAAUUCAAACAGUUUGAAUUUCAUCAAAGGUAA